AUGGUGCAGCGCGGCCCGCGGGGCCGGGGAGCGGAGGCUCGGCGGGAGCCCUGCACCCCACUGCCCGCCCGUGACACCGAGCCCGCCUGGUGCAAGACGCCGAGCGGGCACAUCAAGCGGCCCAUGAACGCCUUCAUGGUGUGGUCCCAGCACGAGCGCCGCAAGAUCAUGGACCAGUGGCCCGACAUGCACAACGCCGAGAUCUCCAAGCGCCUGGGCCGGCGCUGGCAGCUCCUCCACGACUCCGAGAAGAUCCCCUUUGUCAGGGAGGCCGAGCGCCUGCGUCUCAAGCACAUGGCCGACUACCCCGACUACAAGUACCGGCCUCGGAAAAAGGGCAAGGUGGGCACCGGAGCCGCCCGCCCGCGGCUCCCAGUGAAGAUCAAGCCCUCCGUGUUGGGCCGUGUCUCUGCCAGCCGCAGGCAGCCCUCCAAGCUGCCCAGCGGCCCCGACACCCCGCAGGAGCCCGCACCAGAGGUGCCCGCUGAGGACAGCCCUGUGGUGCCUGGCAUGGCUGCCUGGCACCCGGCACCCGACGGGGAGCACAGCCCCCAGGAGCCCCCUGCACCCCUGAGCCCUACCACACCCUGCCCGGAGCCAGGGAGGUCCCCAGAGAGCGGAUCCCCCUCUCCCAUGUCGGCUGGGUCCCCUCCCUCUUCCUUCAGCUCCUCCGACGAGGAGCUGGAGGAAGAGCUGCUGGGGAUCAUGCCCGGGCGAGCACCUGCCAAUGCCACCUGUGGUGCCCUGGACUGGUCCGUCUUCGACAAGGACCACGACCUCUACCCGCGGGGAGGCUCCUCGCACUUCGAGUUCCCGGACUAUUGCACGCCCGAGGUGACGGAGAUGAUAGCAGGGGACUGGCUCAUGUCCAGCAUCUCGGACUUGGUCUUUACCUACUGAGUCCCACGCUCUGCAGGUAACGCUCAUUUUUAUUUUCACCCACAAUCAGGUCAUAUCAAAAAACAACCCAGGAAAAAAACAAACAAACCGAAACCAGCUGUUUACAUGCAGGAAUCAGGUAUUUUGCCUUGAAGC